UUAAUGAUGAGCAGCCUACAGGAGCUCUGUGCUGGCCUUCCCCUAAAUCCACUACCCCCUAAGAAGGCGAGGGUAAGCGGCUGCCCCCAUGCCCCCAAAAGGACCCCGGGGCUUUCUGCAGAGGAUGAAAAGCUCGCUCUAGAAAACUCCUUGCGCUACUUCCCGCCUGAGCUUCAUGAGACGCUGGCCCCGGAAUUUGCCGAGGAGCUGCGAUGUUUUGGUCACAUCUAUAUGUAUCGGUUUCACCCCGACAUUAGGAUGAAAGCGUACCCCAUCACCGAGUAUCCCUGCCGGACCAAGCAAGCUGCGGCUGUUAUGCACAUGAUCAUGAAUAAUCUGGAUCCAGAUGUAGCUCAGUUUCCCCAGGAGCUGGUCACCUAUGGAGGCAACGGACAGGUGUUUAGUAACUGGGCUCAGUUCUGGAUCGUUAUGCACUAUUUAUCUGAGAUGACCGACAAUCAGACUUUGGUGAUGUACAGCGGUCAUCCUUUGGGUCUUUUCCCCAGCCACCCGUCGGCCCCUCGCGUUGUGAUCACCAAUGGAAUGGUUAUUCCCAAUUAUUCGUCCAAGGAAGAAUAUGAAAAGAUGUUUGCAAUGGGCGUCACCAUGUACGGACAGAUGACUGCCGGAAGCUACUGUUACAUAGGGCCACAGGGUAUUGUGCAUGGCACUGUGUUGACCGUACUGAAUGCCGGGCGUCUGUACCUGGGGUUAGAUGACCUCGCGGGGAAGGUGUUUGUAACAUCAGGUCUUGGAGGAAUGAGCGGAGCCCAGGCGAAGGCAGCGGUGAUAGUCGGCUGUGUGGGGGUCAUCGCUGAGGUGGAUAGAGUGGUUUUGGAGAAGAGGUACCACCAAGGAUGGCUGAUGGAGAUGACUAAUUCUCUGGAUGAUUGCAUGGCAAGGAUCAGAAAGGCAAGGAAAGUCAAAGAAGCUUUAAGCCUGGGAUACCAUGGAAAUAUCGUGGACCUCUGGGAGAGGCUGGUAGAGGAGUACAAUAAGACUGGGGAGCUGCUCGUUGACCUGGGAUCUGACCAAACGUCCUUACACAACCCCUUCAAUGGAGGAUAUUACCCGGUGCAGCUCCAAUUCGAUGAAGCCAUUUCCAGCUUGCGCACUGACCCAGACCACUUCCGCCCGCUUGUGCAGGAGAGUUUAAGGAGGCAGAUAGCAGCCAUCAAUAAACUGUCCGCCGCGGGCAUGUUUUUCUGGGAUUAUGGAAAUGCUUUCCUGCUAGAGGCGCAGAGAGCCGGAGCUGAUGUUGGAAAACCUGGUGGAAAAAGCACGGAAUUUCGAUAUCCAUCCUACGUCCAACAUAUUAUGGGUAACAUCUUUUCGCUGGGAUUUGGACCGUUCCGAUGGGUUUGCACUUCCGCAGAUCCGGGCGACCUUGAGGUGACAGACGAGAUCGCGGCUUCUGUUCUUGAAGAUCUUAUUUCACGGGCAGGAGUUGGGGAAGCGGUGAAGAAACAAUAUCGUGAUAACCUAAAAUGGAUCAGAGAAGCUGGAAAACACAAACUGGUUGUUGGCUCCCAGGCUAGGAUCCUGUACUCUGACCAGAAAGGACGUGUGGCCAUUGCUGUGGCCAUCAACAAAGCUGUAGCUACAGGCCAGGUUAAGGCUCCUGUAGUGAUUAGUCGGGAUCAUCAUGACGUCAGUGGGACGGACAGCCCGUUCAGAGAAACUUCCAAUAUAUACGACGGCUCUGCCUUCUGUGCAGAUAUGGCUGUGCAGAACUUUGUGGGAGAUGCUUUCAGAGGAGCCACGUGGGUAUCCCUGCAUAACGGAGGCGGCAUUGGCUGGGGUGAAGUCAUUAACGGAGGCUUCGGUUUGGUUCUGGACGGCUCCCAGGAGGCUGAAGCUCGGGCUCAAAGUAUGCUAAGCUGGGACGUGUCCAACGGGGUGGCCAGGCGCUGUUGGUCGGGUAAUAAAAAUGCUUAUGAUACGAUUGUUCAGACCAUGGAGGACAACUGUGGUCUCAGAGUGACCCUUCCUCAUGUGGUGAAGGACAAGGGUGUCCUGGAGAAGGCUCUAUCCCAAGCGAACCACGAGUGAUUCCUGGAGUUGUCUUUCAAACACACUGUGAAUUACUAUUCCAUGUUGACCUUCAUUCUGGGAAACUGGCAUGUUUGCAUUAACCCCUCUCCUUCCAAACAGAACAGUACAUGCCCGGUGUCCUGGCAGAGAGAGGGGUAAGUGCACAACAUCUGCGCACCAAAGUUUUCCUAACUCACCAGACCGUACCUUCACUCACAGUAUAACCUAUCACAAGAAUAUGUUGUCUGAUCUACUUGUGGUGUUCAUUAUAAAAAAACUUUCUCUAAGGGAUAACAAAUGUUGCAUUUUAAAACCAAUGAUAUCAUCUCAGAUGGGAAGAAAAACCAAAAAAAAAUGUUUCAAUUAUUGAAAAGAAACAAUGGAAUACAGUGAAAAUGAAUGAAACGCUGCUUGAAAAAUGGUAUGAAAUGUCUUGUGCUGUUUUGCUCAUCUGCUUUUUUUUCUGUGUAUUGAGACAAUCUCUGGAGUGACCUCACUGUAAGAUUCCGCUACAGUCUGUGAUUAAACCGGCAUUUCCAUCUUC